AACGCGCAGUAACGGCUGAACUAUGCGCGAGAAAACAUUCGCAGCUUCAGCUCUGGGCUUGCUUAUCAGUCUCGGACUCAGUUCCUUUACUGCAUGCAAAGAUGAGAAAUUUGAUGUCUGCGAAGAAAAAACGGGAAUUGCUCAGAAAGCAAAGGCAACUCAGUUAGGGGCGAAGCUAAUGGACAAGUGCUUCCUGCCGGUCGCAAGCAAGUACAAGUUUUCACCCAAGAUGUUCCAAAGGGCAGCAUACAAAAUGUGCCUCGUGUUCCGCAUCUGCUUUCACAAGUAUCUGCCUUUGAAGAACGCGAAGGGUUCUGAUGCAUACCGGGAAUCGGUAUACGUAUGCGUUGCAAAUAUGUCAUCACUACUCACCGUGCGCCUGAACCCGGACUGGAUAGAAGAUCAGGCUGGCAUAGAUCCUAGUGGCCUCUACUACGACGGCGUUAAAUGUGCCAGGAACCACAAGAUUUUCACAGAAGACUCAGCUGUAGCACUCUUUGGAAUAAAAUGGGUGCGAGACACGCUGUUCUAAAUGGCAGCGGCUAGUAUGUGUAUAUUCCAGA